GAACCGAGCAGCGAUGAUGAAUCUUAUGAAGUAUUGGAUCUCACAGAAUAUGCUAGACGACACCAUUGGUGGAGUCGAGUCUUUGGACGAAAUUCUGGGCCCCUUACAGAAAAGUAUUCUGUAGCUACUCAGAUCGUAAUGGGUGGAGUAACGGGCUGGUGUGCAGGCUUUUUGUUCCAGAAAGUUGGAAAGCUUGCUGCAACGGCAGUUGGUGGUGGCUUUCUUCUUCUUCAGAUUGCAAGCCAUGGGGGUUAUAUACAGAUAGACUGGAAAAGGGUAGAAAAGGAUGUUAACACGGCUAAGAGGAAGAUAAAGAAACAGGCAAAUAAAUCUGUACCAGAAAUCCACACUUUAAUUGAAGAGUCAACUGACUUUAUUAAGCAGAACAUUGUCGUAUCUGGUGGAUUUCUUGGAGGUUUCUUAUUGGGUCUUGCCUCUUAA